AUGACAUUCAGCUGAGCUCGGAUUUUCCAUUACGGAUUCUGGCUGUGCUGGCUGUUUGGGUGUCAAUCGCUGAGGAAAAAUUGAUUUUCCGAGAAAAUUGUUUAAUUUUUCGCACACGGUUGAACUGUAACUGCAACACAUCACCAUGUCGGAGGUUCAGGAUCUAAUGUCGUCCCUUCCGGAUGACAAAAUUGACAUGAUUGCCGCUACCAGUGUUCUUCAGCAGCAGGCCGGGGACAUCCGUCAGAAUAAUCCCAACUGGUCCUCUUACAAGCAAUCCCAGAUGAUUUCACAGGAAGAUUAUUCCUACAUCGUCAGCUUGGAUAACAAGAAAACUGCGGGUCAAUUCCUGCAGGAAAAUCCUGGCCAGUGCGCCAAAACGUUUUUGAAUCUACUGUCGCACGUAUCCAAGGAUCAGACAAUCCAGUACAUUCUGGUCAUGAUUGACGAUUUGUUACAGGAAGAUCGUUCUCGAGUCCAGAUCUUCCACGACUACGCUAACAAGCGCAAGGAAAGUGUCUGGGCGCCUUUCUUGAAUCUACUCAACCGCCAGGACGGAUUUAUUGUCAACAUGGCCGCGCGAGUCGUUGGAAAAUUGGCGUGUUGGGGCCAAGAGCUGAUGCCCAAGUCCGAUCUGCACUUUUAUUUGCAGUGGCUCAAAGAUCAACUAACUGUGGUUGCUCAAAAAUUGUUGAAAGAAAUGGAAGCAGCAGAAAAGAAGCGUCAGGAAGAAGCGGCUGCAGCGCACCAACAUCACGGGCAUCAUGGACAUCACGCUCAUCACGGUGGCGGCGAUCACCAUCACCAUAACCACCAUCAUCACCACCACCAGAUCACGGAAAAGUAUCGUGAGAUUUCUAGUGCCAUCGACGAGCCUCGCCAGCGAGCUGAGGGCGAAGAACAUCACGUCUUCGUAACGAACAACGAAUAUAUUCAAUCAGUUGGACGCUGUCUGCAAAUGAUGCUCCGCAUCGACGACUACCGUUUUGCAUUCGUCACUGUCGAUGGUAUCAGUACGUUGAUCAGCAUUCUGUCCUCGAGGGUUAACUUUCAGGUUCAAUACCAGCUGGUUUUCUGCCUGUGGGUCCUGACCUUUAACCCAUUGUUGGCAGAAAAAAUGAACAAGUUCAACGUUAUCCCAAUCCUGGCCGAUAUCCUCAGCGACAGUGCCAAGGAAAAAGUAACUCGCAUAAUUUUGGCGGUGUUCCGCAACAUGAUUGAAAAGCCCGAAGAUUCCCAAGUUGCCAAGGAGCACUGCAUUGCCAUGGUGCAAUGCAAGGUGAUGAAGCAGCUCCAGAUCCUGGAACAGCGUCGUUUCGACGAUGAGGAUAUUAGUGCUGACCUGGAGUUCUUGAUCGAGAAACUACAAAACUCUGUUCAAGAUUUGAGCUCCUUCGACGAGUACGCUACUGAAGUGAAGAGCGCUCGCCUCGAAUGGUCGCCGGUGCACAAGUCGGCCAAGUUCUGGCGCGAGAAUGCGCAACGUUUGAACGAGAAAAACUACGAAUUGCUGCGUAUUUUGGUUCAUUUGCUGGAAACCUCCAAGGAUCCUCUAGUUCUUUCCGUUGCCAGUUACGAUAUCGGAGAGUAUGUGCGUCACUAUCCGAGAGGAAAGACCAUCAUCGAACAACUGGGUGGAAAGCAGCUGGUAAUGCAAUUACUUAGUCAUGACGAUCCGAACGUCCGAUAUGAAGCUUUGCUCGCCGUGCAGAAGCUGAUGGUUCACAAUUGGGAAUAUCUUGGCAAGCAGCUGGAAAAGGAAAACGAAGGCAAGAACCAGCCAGGAGGCACGGCAAUCACUGGAAAGGCUUAAAUUUCAGAUUAAUCGGAAAACCGAAGUUGUUGAGUUUUGAUUGAUUAAUGUGUUAAGUUGCGACAUAAUAGGCAAACGAAAAAUCCCAUUUUCUUAAUCCUUAGGCCGCUCACAUUCCCUUUUGCCGUUGAAAUCAGCUUCUUUCCGCAAUAUUUAAGAGUUUUACAAUAACAACUGUUGAACUCGACUAUCUGUGUGCGUGGCCCUAAAAAAGUCCUUCAUAUACGCUCAGAUGAUUUAAAGAAGAGUCCGAGAAUCAAGAAAAAGAUGUUAAACCCAAGGUUAUUUUUAUUUUGUUCCAGAUGUAUUAUUGAUCAAAUAAAUCUAGGGUUAAUUCUGCGUACUUUAUCGUAAACUUUAAGGAUAAAAUAAUAAUAAUAAUAAAAACAACAAAUAGUGGUGACCGUGUCGGAUCAAAACGUUCGACUUGUUGUGUAUUUUUUGCGAUAUUGUAAAAUAAAAAUUGUAUCUGAUAAAAAAUAAAGCUUUCGUCGUACUA